ACUUUAUCAGAGAUAUCCACUCAAUGAAAAUGAAUCAAUCUUUUAUAAUUUGAGUGUACAGGUGUUUUCAACUACUGUGUGCGGCAUUUUAUAGUCAACUAUAAAAAACUUAUAACUGAAAUCCCGUUACACUCACCACAUCGGUAAAAUUAAAACGCACACUAUUCAGCAAAAGAUAGUGUCACAGCAUUUGGAACAAGAAACAAAAUGUCGGAUUUAAAAGACUGGAACCACACACUCCUCGAAGGCGCCAAAACGGGCAACCUCGACCUCGUCAUCGAAUCCCUCGAAAACGGUGCAGAAAUAAACACCACUGACUCGUGCAACUACACAGCUUUACUCAGAGCCACCUAUUCCGGUUACCCCCACAUCAUAACCUACUUACUCGAAAAAGGAGCCAAAUCUGAUGUCAUCAACAUCCACCAAGAAACAGCUUUAACCCUAGCCACCAUAGCCAAAAAUCAAGACAUAAUCGAAUCUUUCCUGAAACACGGAACACCAAUCGACACUGUAGACGGCAACGGUCGAACCGCCUUAUCGUGGUCAGCCGAAGAAGGCAAUCUCGACCUAAUCCACUACUUCCUAAGCAAAGACAAAGCCAAAUCCCUGAUAAACCGUCUAGACAAUCAUGGAAACUCGCCCUUAGCGUACGCCGCUUUGCACGGCCACUUGGAUGUUGUAAAAACGCUGCUUGACAGCGGCGCUAAAGUCGACUUAACUGGAGAAAACGGAAAAUCGCCUCUGCAGUGGGCUUGUGGCGGUAAAAACGUAGAAAUCGUAGAAACGUUACUACACAAAGGGUCGAAAGUCAAUUUUUGUGACAACAGCGGCAAUACUGCGUUGAUUUACGCAGUGGGCUAGGGCAAACUUCAACUUGACAGGUCUCACCACGCCCUCCCGCUGUCCUGGGCUGUGAUUGGUGGAAGGCCCGAAAUCGUCAAGUUGUUGGUGCAACAGGGUGCUGAUGUUAACCAUGUCAAUAAAGAGGGCAAAACGGCCUUAACGUACGCCAUUCUGGAUAAAAAUAUGGACAAUGUGAGGUGUUUGGUGACGAAUGGUAGUAAACUUCGAGGUUUGAACAGUCGGAUGACUCCGCCUCUUGUCGCAGCAUGCUUGGUGGCAAAUUUUCGCAUCGUCAAGUAUCUUGUCGACGAAAAUGCUGAUAUUAAUUGCAAAGAUGGUGACGGACGGACGCCUCAUUCGUUAGUCAAAAACCUUGACAAUGCGCAAAUUGCCAAAUUUUUGGUAGCUAAAGGUGCCAAGACGUGUCGGUGUAAAGGUGGCGGGAGGUGUCGAUGUAAAUAGGCGAAAUUGUCUAUUGUUACGCAAUUUAAUUCAUUAGAAUGUACAUUUAAGUUGCUGUAUAAUAUCUAAGCUAAAAUAAUAAUCGUUUCUUCAACAAUUAUACAUUCAAUAAAUAGUAAAAUUACAUUUUAA